CUCACAUCUUAAAAUGUGGGUUCACGUCACGACAUGAGUGAAAAUACGCUAUCUACUUUACACUAACUGUCUACAUUGAUAUUGUAUAUUGAGGCUUACUCCGCUUCUAUUUCGAUUCGUGCGUUGCGUGGUUAUUUUCAUCCGGAUGCCAAUAUUCUGUCAUUUCAAGGGUUUCUUACGCUAAUAAAUGUCAUCGACAUCUCAAGGACAAAAUCUCGGUUUAGCUGCCAAACUGGUUGGGCGGAGCGUAUAUUCAGGUGGAGAUUUCGUCAACUGUGAAAUAACUUUUCCCGGGAAUUCGGAUAUAGUUAAAGAGGAAUAUAAAUGGUCACUUACUGGUAUUGUUGGCUGUAUCAUUGGUCAAUGUAAGUUGGACAAUAAGCAACUAACUACACAGAACCAGGCGUCCCCAAAAUCACUGUCAUUUAGUACUUCUGAGUGGAAAUAUAAUUGUGAACUAAACUGUAUGUAUAUUUUUCCAUAUUUAAAUUCGUUUUUAUUACGUAGCUAUAAGAAAUACUGAUUAACUGUCAUGUAAACUUUCACUUACCAAUAAGAAGGAAAUGUUUUUUCGACCGAUUUUGUAUUCAAUAACAUUCGAUGCUGAAUCAUUAUUCAUUUCUACAUUGGAGUCGAAAAGUCAGUUAAUAUGUAUCAUCCCAAUGCAUGUGAAAUUUAUUCCAGAUAAUAGUCUCAAAGGACCUGUCAAUUUGUGUGCUUAUCUACCGUAUAAUCUUUCACCUAGUAUUCGUGGUACGUUAUUUAAGUUCGCGUACAAGGUGGUUGUGGCAGUUCAAGUAAAAUAUCUGAACUCAGAUAUCAAGACACAUACUAUUCAGUUGCCUCUUCGUGUUUUACCUUCUUCAAUAAUGUAUCACAGUUUAAGACUUCAAGAAUGUAAUGACAAGAAAGAAACAUACUCUCCCGAAUUGUCAAAUCCGUUUUGGGUUCCAGAUACCAGAGAUAAAGACUCUUGUUUUAAUUUUGGCUUUGAUGGAGGCUUUUCCUUGCAAUCACAACAAGUCAACAGUUUUUUGUUUGAAGAUACGGAAACACAUACUAAUAAAUCGGUCGGUCAAAUAUAUUCCUCUUUGUCUCAUAAUGUUUCCCAGUGUGGAAACUCGAAUUGCUCAGAUCAUUCUCCAGAAAAAUCAAACGAAGUUUAUAUCUAUCCCAGUUCACAUAUGGAAUUAAUGAAUCUGUUAGCAUGUUCACCACCCGCUAACUUCGUGAUUUCUACUCCACGUGGUUAUGUUGGACGGUUAUCUUUCCAACGUACGUUAUACUGCUUAGGUGAUAUGGUACGGGGUUAUUUUGACUUUAAUGAAGCUGUUGUUAAAUGUCUUAGUUGUGUAAUACGACUUGAAAGUGAGGAAAGAUUUAUGCUUCACCAUGAAAAUCCUUUCCUCCUGCCAAACUGUAGAAUUAAAAGUAGAAGGAAUGAGGUUCAGAAUUGUUCUAUGGGAUGUCUACCUUUAACCAAAAUUGGUCAACCUUUAUGUACAAAUUUUCAACCUUUAGGCUCUACACAACAUACUACAUGGACAGAUAUAAAAUUAUAUUGUACAUCUAAACUGUUAUUACCUUUUACAUUGCCUAUUCCAACAAAUAUAACGCCACAAUUUCAUUCUGUUAGUUUAACUAGUCCAUUUAUUUCCUUAGAUUAUCGAUGGCGUUUACACUUAGAGCUUGAUUUAAUAUCUGAUAGUAGUAAAAAUGAUUUGUUAGAUCAUUUUCAAGGUAAAUCAUGUGUAAAAAGAGCCUACGGUACGGUAUGGACAAUUCCACUUAAGUUAAAAACUGAAAAAUUUGUGUGGGAUAUACCAAUCCAGUUAGUACAUUCAAAUCCUUCUGUGAUAGAUAAUUUAAGUGAUUCAUUGAAAUAUCCCGUUUGUAUAUCAGAUAUUUGACAUUUUUUCUUUAUAUAUAUAUUUAUAUUUUGACUUUUAUAGGUUUAUUUUUUAAAACUUUUACUUAUGUUAAAAAUGUAAUAUUUUGCGAAUAUGUAUAUGCUAUUUGUAUAGUAUCUCAAAUACUUCUAUAUCCUACCUAGUAUAAAUUGUUCUUAUGGGUGCAUAGCUGUAAUUUAUUUUGUUUAUAUAAAGUGAUAAAUUUGUCCAUUAAUACUAAUAAUUAUUUUUUUAAAAUACACAAAUAUAUCUUUCUUUACUCAUA